CCCAGGGUGGUGGCAGUGGCGGGAGGGUUGGAGCCAUGGCAGCCAGGGCGGCUGGUGGGGGGCGCUGGGAGGUGGUGAGGAAGGGGCGGCGACCCGGGGCCGGCGGCAGUGGUAGAAGCGGUGGAGGGGACCGCCGGGCUCUCGGGGAGGCGAACGGUGUGUGGAAAUACGACCUGACCCCUCCAAUUCAGACGACAAGCACCCUUUAUGAGCGGGGCUUUGAGAGAAUCCUGAAGCGGCAGAAUAAGGAGCAAGUUCCACCGCCAGCUGUGGAGCCUAAGAAGCCCGGGAACAAGAAGCAGAACAAGAAGGCGGCCGCCCUCACCAGCCAAAACCAGAAGCAGGGUCGCUUCCGCAGCCUGGAGGAGGCACUGAAAGCUCUGGACGUGGCAGCCCUCCAGAAGGAACUAGACAAGAGCCAAAGCGUGUUCUCUGGAAACCCAUCCGUGUGGUUGAAGGACCUGGCCAGCUAUCUCAACUACAAGCUGCAAGCGCCUCUAAGUGAACCCACCCUAAGCCAGCACACUCACGAUUAUCCCUACAGCCUGGUGAGCCGGGAGCUGCGUGGGAUCAUCCGAGGGCUACUGGCCAAGGCCGCGGGGUCUCUGGAUCUCUUUUUCGACCACUGUCUCUUCACUAUGCUGCAGGAGCUGGAUAAGACGCCAGGGGAGUCACUGCAUGGUUACCGCAUCUGUAUCCAGGCCAUUCUGCAAGACAAGCCCAGGAUUGCCACCACGAACCUGGGCAAGUUCCUGGAACUGCUAAGGUCUCACCAGAGCCGUCCAGCAAAGUGUCUGACCAUCAUGUGGGCCUUGGGUCAACCAGGUUUUACCAACCUCACUGAAGGACUGAAAGUGUGGCUGGGGAUCAUGCUGCCUGUGCUGGGCAUCAAGUCUCUGUCUCCCUUCGCCAUUGCAUACCUGGAUCGGCUGCUCCUGAUGCACCCCAACCUCACCAAGGGCUUUGGCAUGAUUGGCCCCAAGGACUUCUUCCCGCUUCUGGACUUUGCCUACAUGCCCAACAACUCCCUGACACCCAGCCUGCAGGAGCAGCUGUGUCAGCUCUACCCCCGACUGAAGGUGCUAGCAUUUGGGGCGAAGCCGGAAUCCGUCCUGCACACGUACUUCCCCUCCUUCCUGUCCAGAGCCACCCCCAGCUGCCCCCCUGAGAUGAAGAAAGAGCUCCUGAGCAGCCUGACCGAGUGCCUGACGGUGGACCCCCUCAGCGCCAGCGUCUGGAGGCAGCUGUACCCCAAGCACUUGUCACAGUCCAGCCUGCUGCUGGAACACCUGCUCAGGUCCUGGGAGCAGAUUCCCAAGAAGACGCAGAAGUCUUUGCAAGAAACCAUUCAGUCCUUCAAGCUGGCCAACCAGGAGCUGCUGAGGAAGGGCAGCUGCAGCAACCAGGAUGCCGUCACCUGCGACACGGCCUGCAAGGGCCUGUUGCAACAGGCACGGGGCUACCGGCUGCCCUGGACACGGCUGCUCCUACUGGUGCUGAUCUUUGCCGUAGGCUUCCUGUGCCAUGACUUCCGCUCACACAGCUCUUUCGAGGCCUCCCUUUCUGGCCGGUUGCUUCGAUCAUCUGGGUUCUUGCCUGCUGGCCAGCAAGUAUGUGCCAAGGUCUACUCCUAUAGCCUACAAGGCUACAGCUGGCUGGAGGAGGCACUGCCGGCCUGGGGCUCCCACCUGCUGACCAUGGCGAGGCCCGGUCUGCAGCUGGCCUGGACCUACACCAAUGCCACGGUCAGCUUUCUUUCUGCCCACUGUGCCUCCCACCUUGCCUGGUUUGGGGACAGCCUCACCAACCUAUCGCAGAGAAUCCAGCUCCCCGCUACCCUGACCCAGCUGCUCCAGGCUCUGCGGGAGCUGCUCCUGCUGCUUCACCAGAAUGUGUUGCUGCCGCUGUGGCACAUGCUGCUGGAGGCCCUGGCCCGGGCCCGGGAGCACUGCCAUGAGGCGUGCAGAGGUGAGGUGACUUGGGACUGCGUGAAGACACAACUCGGGGAGGCUGCCCACUGGCUCUGGGUCGGCCUGCAGGACAUCUCCGUGGCCCUCUUGGACUGGGUCCUCGCUGUGAUAUCCCGGCAGUAGGCCCUGCGUGCCCGGCCCCGGGGCCUGUCUGGGGCAGGUCCCCUGAGUCUGCCGGGGGGAGCAGGUGGCAGUUCUGCAAAGGAGGCUUUUUUACUUGGCUUUGGAGUCCUGGCUCCUAGGCAGGUGGCCGGUGGCCUUGGCCCCUAUUCUCCCAUCUUUGGUGGGGACCGAGCCCAGAGGUAUCUCAGGUUCCUCCCCCCAAUCCCACUGAACACUCGUCUGGUCCUGUUGCAUGUAGCUUCCAGCCUCUGUCCUCAGGCCGGUAGCCCUUGUAGCCCAUUCUUGUCUCCUGCUCUCCACUUCCUUUUGUCUCAUUCCUGAAACUCCAGAACAACUCGUCUCCAGAAUGGUGGGACUCCAUUGAGUGAAAUCUGCAUUCUUCUGCUGAGUGAUUCCUGCUCCCAGACGUUAGCCACAGGGGAGCAAGGAAAGGGGCCUCCAAAAGAACACAGCCCCAUAGUGGCCAGCCAGAGCCUCACCUCCACCCACAGCCGGGGCGUGACUGCCCGCAGACGUGAGGGCAGGGUGGAAAGGCCUCUCACUUCCAAAUGCCCAGCUUAAGUCCUUCGAGGCCUCUCUCUGCCCCCCUUCAUCAUGGUCCUACGUCCUUACUCUCCAUGCCCCGGUCUGGGGGACCAGACCUCAAGUUUCAGCUUAUCCCUGCCUCCCAGCCCUACCAUCUGCCUGGAGAGCAAAGCCCCAUUGAUUGUGUGCCUCGGCCCGGCGAGCCUUCCAGCAGCCUGUUGAAGCGGGAUUCCGCAUAUGGCUCCUCAGUAUGCCCACCGGCUGGAAUAAAGGACACAGAUGUGACUGUCAGUGUUCCUCUCCGAGUCCGCAUGUAGGAAUUCCCAUAGCUGUGAGCGGGACAACAGAAUACAGGGCAUCUGCCUGUCCUUUGGCCCUCCGCUUCCUGGAAGUUGGAGCCGCUGGCUGCACCUGUGAGCUCCUGGCAGAGAGCACUCACGGCCAUCACUAAAUGGGCCUGUUGAGGAUUCCAGACACUCCUUUUGCUCCGCUACUCACAUUGUCUCCGUUGUCACUAUGAUUCAUGUCCCAAGACUUCCCUUGAUAGCUUGAGUAUUUUAAGCUGGGAAAAGCAGGGAGAGUGUCCUGGGGGAAUUCUUGGUCUGUGAGUGGUGGUGUCCUCUUCCUUGCUAGGAGCUUCAUUUUAUUUUAUUUUAUUUAUUUUUAGGUAGACCCUGUGCCCAAUGUGCGGCUUAAACUCAAAACCUGGAGAUCAAAGAGUCACAUGCUGUCUGACAGCCUGCCAGGACUUAAUUUAUUAAUUAGUUCUAUAAAGCAAUUAGGGAAAGAUGUAGGACUCCGAAAGACACACAAGUCAAGGAUCUAUCACCAAAGUCCCUCUCUGGUUUUGACUUGGGACUAUACGAAAGCCGCACCGGCUUUCAGCUCUCACCUCACGUUUCUAAUGUUUGAAAUGUUAGCAGGGCUAGGGGUGCGCUGUCCACUCCGGCUCCCACAGGCUGGUUUCUGCUUCCAUCAGCUGCCUGAGGUGACAGCAGGCUGAUGGCCAGCUACCACUUUCCCAUUCAGGUGUGGCCCUGAGACCCUCCCUCAGCUUUUCAGUGGCAAGAUUAGUAUAAAGUUGCAAGCAUAGAAAAGUCAUGGCACAAAGUGAGGUCCUGAGUACAAUUGCAUCCCCCGUUGUGUUCCCUUUCCUCGCUAGGAUAUAACUCUCUUACUGGCUGAGCAUUAAACAGUCCACGUUGGGCAGAACCCCACUCUCCUAGUGGCAGGUGGCCAUGACCAUUUUUCCCAAGGGAGAAAGCCCCACCUGGCAGCUAAGGUCUAGGACUGCUAGGCAGGACUGUCCGAGGGUCCCAAGACCUCACUUCUUCCCAAUCCGGAAAUGGGUGCAGUUCUUAAGAACAGUGAAUCCUUAUAACUGGUCUGAGUUCAAAGCAAGUUGAAGAAAGGGCUGGUGUGAACCUGGGUUGGCAGCCGCAUAGGACGAGUAAAAUGACGAGCCUGUCCUAUGAUGCCAUUGAAUCACCAAUGCUCUGGACUGUCACAAGCCAGUGAAUCAAAGAAUGUCACUUAGAUUUACUUUGUUGGGUUUAAUUUCUGAACUAGAGUCCUGGGGUGCAACAUAUAAUCAGGUUGGCUGGGGGCUUCAUAGCCUUUCACAGGGACACUGACAGCCUAAUUGGUUUUAUUUGAUAAACCCACUUGUUUGGCCUAUUAAUGGAAUGGUCCAGAAUUAUUCCCGUGUCAAGAGAAGUGGUCCAACACUGCACCUGCUGUCCAAUAAAACUAAACCAUAAAAAAAUAAAUAAAAACUAAACCAGACACCCAGAAGUUACCCAUCUGGCAGACCCAUCAAUGCACAAGAAUCCAAGCCAAGCCAGUGAACUGAGCUGUGUGGACCAGGCAGGCAGACUCCAGCUGACAGGUGGACUGUCACACUAUGAAGAUUGGUGUUAUUGGAACAGAAGUAACCUGACCCUUCAGAGGGUCACAUUUGGACAUUGUAACUUUACUUUUCAUGCAGCGAGAGUUCUACAGAUAACAUGCCCCAAAAACUGAAGGGUAGUUUUAAGUACGGUUAUCUCUUAUCAAUCUCUUACCAACUCCUUUGUGGGUCUGCAAGUCCUAGUACAUGACUCAUUUGGAACACUACUUUCCACAGGGCUUAAAGCGCGUUUCUGGAUUUGUACGCAGUCUAUAGCUCCAGCUUUACAGCAGGGUCACCGAAUGGGUGGUCCGACUUCCCAAAAACAGUGUUGCUAGACUCACUGUUGCAUUGUCAGUCCAUUCUCAAAUGCCAUCACCCCUGGGGUGGAGCGUGCCCUACCCUAUUCCAGAAGAAUCCAGUUGACAGUUACAAAGAAAUUUCAAUAGGUUUCUGACCUCUGAGUAUUUUCUUCUCUCUCCUGAAGGAGUUUGGAUUUCAGUGAACACUUAAAGUGAUCCAUCCUUUUCUACAUACUCUUCAUGGUUCUGCUCCCAAAAGGGCUUGAGAGGACAAAGGCUCGCUUUUCUCUAUGUGGUAUUCCAUUUUACUGGGCAGUUUUAUUGUCCCAAACUUGUAUGAGAAAGACUUUGGGAUGGGGGUGGGAGGAGCUUUCACCAUUCAGGAUAUGAGUGAAUACUUGUUGAAUAUUGAACAAUCUGCCUAUUAAUAAAGACAUUGAAUUCAGA